AUGGCAGAUAAAUUAAUGGACAAAAAUUUUGAAGAACUGUGCUAUUCAUGCCGCACUGGUGAUAUGGACAAUGUUGAUAGAUUGAUUUCCACGGGAGUAAAUGUGAAUAGUGUUGACAAGUUUGACAAUUCGCCACUUUUUCUGGCUAGCCUUUGCGGGCAUGAAGCAGUCGUGAAACUUCUUCUACAGAGAGGAGCCGUCUGUGAUAGAGACAGAUAUGAAGGAGCUCGAUGUAUUUAUGGAGCAUUGACCGAUACUAUCAGAGAUACCCUUUUAAGUUAUGAUAUAUCCAAGGCUGUAGAUGUCAAGCAACCCUUUGCUACUCAUAUCUCAUCGAUGUAUAAUGACGAAGGCUUCCUUAAAAGAGAUAUCACAUUCAGAGUUUCGAAUGGAAAACUGUUCACAGCGCAUAAGUUCUUAUUAUGUGCAAGGAGCGAAAUUCUAGCAGAAAAAAUGGUGAAUGAGUGGGCAAAGCAUGAAAUUGUUUCUCUUGAAGUGCGCCCAGAUAUAUUUGACAUAUUUUUGAAAUUUCUUUACUUAAUUCCGAUCCUGCACCAAAUUGAACCGGGACAAUAUGAAGAACUUAUAGAGCUAUCUAGUAAAUUUGAUAUUGAGUUAUUGCCCGAAUUUUUAGACAAAGCAAGGCAUACCGCCGAUCCUACGGAAAAGUCGAGGUUAAUGUCAGAUUACCAAUAUAAGUUUACCGAGGUUGCAAGAAGUCAACUUUUAAUAUUUGUGAACAAUUGUAUCUUUAGAUCUACUGUUGAUCUUGCUAAUAGUGAACGACGAGUUUUUUCCUUGAUGAACUGUCCAGCUUAUCCGGAUGUUCAACUUAUGGUAAAAAACCGAAAUGGAGCCAUUCGAAUAUACCCUUGUCACCUGGCUGUUUUGAGCCGCGCAGAAUAUUUCAAGGUGAUGUUCACAAACAACUUCAAGGAGAAAGUUACAUAUAUCAAAGCCAAGCACGUUACAGGAAAGUAUAAUAGUAUCAUUCCACAGCUGACAUUACCCAAUUGUGAGUUUGAGGUUGCCGAAAUUAUUCUCCGCUACUUAUAUGCAGAUAAUACAGACAUUCCUUGGAUGUAUGCCGUCGAUGUUUUGUUACUUGCCGAUAUACUUUUAGAAGACCGCUUAAAAACUAUCGCUUCUACAAUUAUAACACAAUCAAAAGAGUUUAUUCAGCAAUACAAUGUUUUUGACGUACUCUAUUUAUCAUGGGAAAUAGGAGUGGAACGCUUAGAACAAUUUGCAGCUAAAUUUAUAGCUAUACAUUUGCAAGAGUUAUAUAAAGAUCCAGAGAUUAAAAGGGCAAUUAUGUUGAGUUCACAACGAAUUUCUCUCCGCCAGGAAACUGAUACUAUUGAACUAGUGGAUGACAUUAGGUACUAUUUGCUCCGAAAAUAUUCUUUUGAACCGGAUGAUGUGGAGCUGUUCGAAAACCAAGACGAUUUAGAAUACCUAAAACAAGUAGGGUAUUUGGAGUACAGAAAAGAUAUGGGUAUGUUAGAUAAUAUCCUAGCUGAUCUGGAACUUGAUGUAUAA